CAAACAGAUUAAACGAUGACAAUUGAGACCCUGUGGUCAGAAACAAAAAGAUCUGGAGAUGAUAUUCAUAUCUGCAACCUUACAUGUUCUGCUUUUUCCAGAUUUUCUGAAAAGAAGGAGAGAUUGAAGCACCUUAGAAGCAAAGAGCAUGAAUUCCAGUCCCAGUUGUUAAAAGCUAUGGAAGGAAAGUGGAUAUCCGAUCAGCUGAGGUGGAAAAUAAUGUCUUGCAAGAUGAGAAUUGAGCAACUGAAGCAAACGAUUAGCAAAGAAAACGAAGAAAUGGCAAAAAAUUCUGAGUGGCUUCUUCGGAUUAAAGACGAGAACCAGAAGCUUUACCGCCGGGCUCAGCGCCAUCAGGAGAAGAAGGAGAAGAUCCAGAGGCACAACCACAAGCUCGGAGAGUUGGUGGAGAGGAGGCGCUACGAACUGAGAGUUCAGCACGAGCAUCUGGCCGACCUCCGGCGGUCCCACGUCCUCGAACUGACCUCCGUCAUCUUCCCCAUCGAGGAAGUGAAGGUUGGCAUGAGGGACCCCGCCGACGUCUCCUCUGAGAGCGACAGCACCAUGACUUCCAGCACUGUGAGCAAGUUAGCGGAGGCCAGGAGGACCACUUACCUCUCCGGGCGAUGGGUCUGCGACGAUCACAACGGAGACACCAGCAUCGCCAUUGCGGGGCCGUGGUUAACCCUCCCGAACAACGGCGACUAUUCCGCUUAUUACAACUGGGUGGAAGAGAAGAAAACCACGCAAGGACCAGACAUGGAACACAACAACCCUGCUUACACCAUUAGCGCUGCACUGUGCUACGCCACUCAGCUGGUCAACACCUUGUCCCAUAUCCUUGACGUGAAUCUCCCCAAGAAGCUGUAUACCAGCGAGUUCUGCGGGGAGAAUCUCAGCAGGAAGAAGUUCACGUGGGCAGUGAAAAAGCUGAAUGCCAAUAUCCUCUACCUUUGCUUUUCUCAGCACGUCAACCUAGACUUUCUGCACCCUCUGCAUACACUCAGGAACCUGAUGUACCUGGUCAGCCCCGAGACGGAACACUUGGGGAGGUCUGGUCCGUUUGAGAUCAGUGCCGACCUGGAGGACUCCAUGGAGUUUGUGGAUCCCAGCGGGGCGGGCGAAACGGACGAGAGCGGGGAUGAACACAUCAGCGACGAGGAGACCGAUCUCGGGACCGACUGGGAGAACCUGCCGAGCCCACGAUUCUGUGACAUUCCCUCCCAGGCCGUGGAGAUGCUCCAGAGUCAGAGCACGCAGGCGUCGCAGCCCAUCGCCGCGAGCAGCGCCGGGGGUAUGAUCUCCUCGGCAGCGGCCUCUGUAACCUCCUGGUUCAAAGCAUACACUGGGCACCGCUGAAGGAAGGGGGUCAGACUCUGCAGGGAAGGCUCUUCCUGUGCUCUGCCUACACUCUAGUAGACCUCUCUUAAGUAUUCAGCUAAGUAGUGCCUGGAAAGAGGAAGAAGAGGCAGAUUUUGUGAUUCCGAGACACUAAGCAGGCUGAAACCUGGUAAUGGUUUGUAAAUUCUUCAAGACGCAACGUUUCAUGUCCCUGAACUGGAACUCGGUGCUUCUGGGACCUGUCUGUUUUGCCAAGGACGAGAGAGGAGAAACGCGCCAGUGCAUUCGGUGGCUUUUCGUUUGUGCGUCCAAAACAAAGAAACGGACGUGGGGGAUGUGACCUGGCCAUUGGCUUUAAAAGAGGGUUCCCAGGUUUCUUAUGUGUUGUGUCUCGCAAUGCAUGGGACAUUUUAAUUUUUUUAACAGCACAAAGGCACAUUUCCGGAGCCUUCUGGGAAGAUGUACGAGCGAUGCAUUUUUUUUUUACAUGGUUUCUGAUUUCUGUUGCCAUAACUUUGAUAUAGAAAACCCAUCACCGUUCUCCAAAAUCAAUGGGUUUUUGAAAAGAAGAACAUGGAUGGGUAGGUUUCGCCUUUUUGUGUGGGUGAUGUGUUCCUCCAGAAGUCGGUCUGCUUGAACGUUUGUCAUGCUGAGCCUCUCCCCCACCUCUCUCUCCCCCCCUCCCAAAUCCUAGACCCUGCGCUCUGUCUCCCAGUCACCGAAGAAAAGCUGGACCCCAUAAGAGCUUUGCCAAAACAGAGAACAGUCCUCCUGUGGUCAUGACCUUCGUACAUUUUGCAAAAUCUCCCCUUUUUUUCUAAGUUAAGACAAGGUUGCUUCAGAGGGCUGCUGUGCCUUCCUUGAUGGUUCUGUCUACUUUUCCUUCUUGAUCCGCUUUAGAAGUUGUAACUCACGGCUUGGAUUUUCAAGUCCAAAGUUCAGUCUCUUCACCGAGCCGGUCACCAGCUCCUGCAGUUAGGGAUCUGCGCAGGUCUUCCCUUCCACACCAGUGUAUCCUAUGACAUGGGCACUCCCCACCAAGGCCCUUAGCUGUGUUUGUAUCGAUCCCCCUCUUCACUCGGGUGGGUAAAAUCGGGCUGAUGUGUAUAAGCACACAAAAAAUAUUAUGUGGAAAUGUUAUUUUUGGGGGGUGACAUGCAGGCUGAAUAAUUCAGAGAGUUAUGGUUCAGAACCUAAUCUUCCCCUUCUCCAGGUCUCAUGUGAUUUGGGAAUCAAGGUGCACGGCUGCCCGGUCAUGGGAAGUAGGUCACCCAUUACUGGACUUCCAAAGCAGGCCUUGGCUUGUCAUAGGUCCAAAACUUUUCCCAUCCAGAGAGAGAAUGUACAGCAUCUCACUACAUUGGGCAGCUGUUGCUUUGUGUUGCGACACAGUAAGGAGAGUGUGACGUGUCUGGUGUCAGACCUCUUUUGUCUGACUUCUAUCUUCCUACUCCUUUUUUUCCUGGGUUCCCUCCCUCCCACUUACAUUGUUAUCAUUCCCAGUAACCAAAAGUGUUCGCUCUGCAUUGACGGAGGCCAGUCGGCAGGUCAGCCGGCCCUUUGCCCUGCCUGUUGUCUCGGUUGCUUUUCUGCAAGUUCGCACUCUCUGCAGGGCACGCCACGCUGAAGGAUGACUCCGGUGGAAGGCACGCCGCCUUGCCCAGGAAGGAAAAUCUUGGGGAAACAAAACGCUUGCACCGUGGAGACAUCCUCGCGGUCACUCUCGCAGGAACCAGGCGGCACCAAAGAGUCUUUUGAGGGAAACGUACGGGCUGCCGGUGUUGAAUCAGUGCCGGGCAGGUGCGUUUUGUGAAUUUCUCUGAAGCAGACUGUUCCAUUUUGGCCUGGAAUUGAGAGUGAAAUAAUUCCGUGAGGCUCUACCAUCUCUCAACCAGGUGGCUCUUGCAGAGGAGCAGCAGCUCCGGCGAUCCACGGAAGGAGGGGAGGCUUCGUGGCUCCGAUUUCUGUUCCUCUAAACCAAAGAUUCUGCUCAUUCUGUCUUUUGAUCCUGACCCCUCGCAGUGAGAUUUUUCCCAGUUGCCAAAGGCGAAUUUAGGAGCCCUGUAAAGGUUGUGGGUCGUUUGCAUCAUUAUUGACUUUGGUUGAAGCUGCAGGGGAUGGGAGAAGCAUGAAGAAUUUGUGCAUGGUUGGGGUGGGGUGAGGAAUUGUCCUGCAAGCCCUUCCAGUGUCCAACAAUGUUGGGGGUUCUUUUUAGAAAGGCACUUUAUUAAUACUCGGUAAGAGGCUGCCUGGUAUAAAAUUUGAUGGCACUGGAGGGUGGCACACCUAUACUUAGCCGGAAACCUUUGUGUUCUCCCACCUCUGUUGUGAAUCAACUUUUCUGCUGCUCGUUUAUGUUUUGGUUAAACGAAAGACACCCUCAAAGUCUGUGUGAGGAAGCCAUUUUCCAGUUCAACUCUGGCGAACCGAGCCCAGUUGAAUACCGUUGGGCCACGAAGCCCCUGGGACGUUGACCCAUGUUCCCUUGUCUUACAAACGAUGCCUCUCUCUUGCAAUAGUGUAGCAUCCAUUCAGAGGCCGCCCAACCGGAGGCCCCUAUCAACGUUUCAAUUUUUAAAAAAUGUUUAUAACAAUGAUUUUGUUUCGUUUCCUUUUGAAAUAACUUUUUUUAAACAUAUACACACAUCUGGAUCGCGCGUCCGUGCAAUGUUCUUCAUAACUGGACGGCGAUGAAGUCCCUGUCAGGGAAGAUGCAAGAUGGACAUUUUGUGAGCUUGUACCUUGUGACGCUGCAAGCGGAUGGAGGAGGGCACACUUAGGGCCAAGCCCUCAAAGACGUUUUGGGGAGCUGUUGACAUGAGGGCCCCACUCUCUGGAAACAGAUCCUCCAAAAGAGAAGCGUUUCACAGCUCCAGUCAAAGAUCUUCACCACGUGGUGCUGCUUUCAAAACGUUAGGGUUAUAACUGAACACAGAUGGGUGUGUGUAUGUGUCUUUUUUUAAAAAACAACACCUUAUUGUAUUAUUGCAAUAAAUCUUUGACAGGCGUUUUUUCUAAG